CUGACCCUGCGGCCGGGGCGAGAGGACGUGGGGCGAUCGUGUUCCAGCGGAGUAAGAACCGCAACCCUUGCACCUCUGAGCACCGUGUCCGGCAGGAACAGCUGUUUUGGAGAAAACAAAUGAAUAGAAGGAAACAACCCUAAGGAAAGGUCAUUUGUGGCUGUUCUCACUAUUAGCAGUGCUGUUUCUGUGACUUACGCUUUUAGGAGUGUCCCUCAGGCUACAGUCAAAAGAAAGUUCUCCAAGACAACGUGCCUGAAGCAAGAUAUGGCACUGGCCUUGAUCCACCCUCACAAUCGUGCAUACUCUUUCGCUCCCCUGAAUCUGAAGGAGGAGCUUCAGGGAUUCAAAGUUCAAGGAAAAAGAAAUGGCCUUGUGCAGGAGCCAUUGUGCAAACAGUUCAGGCAGCUGCGCUAUGAGGAAAGCACUGGACCUCGAGAGGUUUUACGCCGACUCAGGGAGCUCUGCAGACAGUGGCUGCGGCCUGAGACCCACAGCAAGGAGCAGAUCCUGGAGCUGCUGGUGCUGGAGCAGUUCCUGACCAUCCUGCCAGGAGAUCUGCUGGUCCAGGUGCUCGAGCACCACCCAGAGACUGGGGAGGAGCUGGUGGGAAUACUGGAAGAUUUGCAGCUGCACCGUGGAGAAGCAGGACAGCAGAAGGACUCAGCCCAAAGAACCAGACAGACUGUGCUGGUUGGAGAGAUAGCUUCUCACAGAGAAGCACAGGAGCAGCUGGUCCUGUCUGAGCAUGAGGUCCAGAUGCCCGAGGAGACGGGUGAGGAGGCAAGGAUUGAAAAUGGAAAGUUUGUUGCAGGGACUGACUCUUAUGGAAGAAUGGAAUCAUCUUACACAACGUCUGAACCCAUUGAGGCCCAGUGUGUGGACUUGCGCUUGGUAAAGCAGCCAGCCAUACCCAAGGAAAAAACUAGCAGCCAAUGCUUGGUAACUAAGGAGGGACUUGUCCAAAACUCAGACCUAACUGAACAUGAAGGGGCACAUGCAAGAGAAAAGCCUAGUGAAUCUGUAGGGUGUCAGAGUUCUGUUCCUACUGAACCCCAGGAAAUCCUCUCUAAAGAGAAAGGUCACCUCUGCCAGGAGUGUGGGAAAGUCUUUCAGAGGAGUUCACACCUCAUCAGACAUCAGAAAAUCCAUCUUGGUGAGAAGCCUUACCAGUGCAAAGAGUGUGGAAAAGUCUUUAGCCAGAAUGCAGGUCUUUUGGAACAUCUCCGAAUCCAUACUGGAGAAAGACCCUAUCUGUGUAUCCAUUGUGGAAAGAAUUUUAGGCGCAGCUCUCAUCUUAAUCGACACCAAAAAAUUCACAGUCAGGAGGAGCCCCGUGAAUGCAAGGAGUGUGGAAAAACCUUUAGCAAAGCUCUCCUCCUCACCCACCAUCAGAGAGUCCAUGGUCGAUCCAAAAGACAUCACUGUAACGAGUGUGGGAAAGCCUUCAGUUUGACUUCUGACCUUAUUCGACAUCACAGGAUUCACACUGGAGAAAAACCAUUCAAAUGUACAGUAUGUCAGAAAGCUUUCCGUCUAAACUCCCACCUGGAUCAGCACGUGAGAAUCCACAAUGAAGAAAAACCGUAUCAAUGUAGUGAAUGCAAAGAAGCCUUCAGGCAGAAGUCAGGGCUCUUUCAGCAUCAGAGACAUCACCACAAGAGCAAACUGGCUUGAUGACGUCCUCUAUUUGAGAUAGUAGAAUGUUACGUUGACAAGCAAACAAAGCUUUUUAAAAAGUCACAGUGGCAUCAUCAUUCUUGGAAGCCAAAUUGGAAUCCAUUUGCCUCCAUUGUUUCCCUCUUUGUUUUACAUAAAGCCAUAAUUAGACUAUAAGAGUUUCACCCUAGAUAGUGGGAUCAGAGUGAAACAACUAUUCAUUACAGGACUUCUCAGAGCUUUUAAUGUGAUACGUACUUGAUUAUUUGUCUCUUAAGCCUCAUAUAUGAAUGAAAACUUUUAAAUCAGCAAGCCAAGUGCCUAUAGAUUUAUACAAUGAGAAUCAGCUGAUAUUUUUGCAAGUACUAUAGCAACAGGCUCCUAUAAAAUAAAAUUAAUAAGGGUUGGGAAGAUGGCUUAGUUGUUAAACCAGUUGCUAUGCAAGUGUAAAGACAAUGUUUGGGAUCCCCAACACUCAUGCAGAAGUCAAAUAGAUGUAGUAGCCUCCCUGUGGCCCCGCCCCUCAGGAGACAGACAUGGGAUCCUCGGAGCAAGCUGGCCAGCCAGAGCAGCCGUAUCAGCAAACAGGAUUCAGGUAGGAGAGUUUGGAAAGCGAUCGGUGGAGUGAUCAAGGAAGGCUCCUGAUGUUACUACCAAUACACCGGCACCCAUGCACAUGUGCACCCAUACAUGUAAGCACCAUACACAUGAAGAGCAGUCCCAAGGAGCUGGCAUGGUCUGCUCUCGCAAAGGACGCCUCCCUUUUCUGUUCCUAGCACCUACAUAGCAGCUCGCAACCACCCGCAACUCCAGUUCCAGGGCCUCGGAUUCCCUCUUCUGGCUGCUCAGGCUUCUGUACACAAAUGUUCCACAUAAACUAUUUUUAAAAAGAUAUAAGCCCAAAAUAAAUCUAAUAAUGCUUGAAAUUAUGUUCAGCUAACCUAUGACUAUAUUCUCCGAGAAUAUAUUCUGAGAGUGUAACAUAGAUUAACUGAACAUUUUCCCUGUUGAAUUCACAUACUGGCUUCAUGUGGCUUUACCCAUGUAUGAUCAAUGAAUGCAUUUUUGAAAGCAAAGUUAGUUUUUGCUGUCAGGAUGAGCUCAUGUCGUUUGAUAUUUCCUACCCCUUUUAACCACAGUGUUAGUAUAGCUUCAAGUUAUAAAUCAAAGUUUUAAACUAUGCAGGAGACUUUAUGAGUGGUUUGGAUGAACUGUGUUGAAGUAUUCCAAGCAGUAGCAGUGGGCAGCUCCCGUGCCAGUACAGUGACUGCUGGAAAAACACUCUUUAAUGAAUGUCUCAGGGGGGGAAAUGGCUUUUUCCCUUUGAUACCAAUGAUGCAAAUUUGAAAUGAUACUUAUUUUGGAAUAAUUUUGACCAUUAGAAUCUGCUUGGAGAGGUGAUUGUGGUCAUCAUGUCAUGUUGACUGUCUUGCUAGUGAUGAGAAGUCAGCGUGGAGGGCUGUUCCCAAGCCCGUCAGUAACUACUGCUUAUGGUAGUGGUUCUCCAAGAAAGGGGUCUAACUUCCGCCUCUCUGGAAAGAUGAGCGGAGACUCUUGUGAUGAUUACAACUUGGUUUCACUCCACUUGGCUUACAAGUAAAUAGCAACUUAUAAAAGUUUAUUUUUUUCUUAUCCACUAGAGAAGGCUGGAGUCCGUCCAAGACUGACCGAGGGCAUCACUAAGUCUAACUCUGGUCAGCAUGCUGCCAGUCAGAUAUAAGGAAGGAACAGGCCAACGACUACUAGGUGCAAUUCUGAUAUUAAUCUUACCUUUCAUCCCUUUUAAGCCAGAUUUUUAGUUCUGCACAAAACAAGACCCUCUCCUGCUUCCUUUGUCUAAGUUUUGGCCUAAGAUAUACUCACUAAGUAAAUUUGGGGAAAGCUGCUCAAGGGGGCUGACUGGACCAGAAAGAACCUCUUUUUGACCUUUUGCCCAUACUUUGCAUGUUAUAGUUGCAACUUCAGCAGUCGUGUGGCCUUAAGAACUGAUGGCAUGGGUGAUGGUUAGGCCCCCAGCACCACCCAAAUAACUGUAGCAUAGGAUCAAUCUCCUUGAUAUGUCCAUACAAAAACCCGCAUGUAGGCAGUUAUAUCACUUGUAAUUAAUUCCUAAACCUCAGAAGAAAGCUAGCUGUCCUUCAGUAAAUGGAGGCUGCUUUAGAACAUGCUUUGUAUUUCUACCGUUGAACAUCCUCUUUGUGUUGAUUAAUCAUCACUGGUUGUUUGAGAGUGAUGUUUUUUUCCCGGCCUUUCUAUUAACACCUUUUAAUCCUAAACAUUAGAGUGCAUGGCCCUUAAACAUUAGAGAACUAUCUAAAUUUUAAAUGCACAUUAUUUUUUUUUGUCAAUUUGUGUGUGUGGUAUUUACCCAACAAAUAUAUUUAAAGCAGCAUAAAAAUAAUUAUUGAUGUGUAAAGAGAAUACUUUCUUACGGAAAUAGUUAUGUUGACAGUAUUGUAAACUGUAAGAGUUAUAAAGUUUCGGAGUAAUUUUUGAAUAAAAUUAAAACUUCAAAAAAGAA